UGUGCCCCAAUCUUCGUGAAAGUGCUUGAGGUGCGACCGCCAUCGCCAGGAUGCCGCAGGUCGCCGCCAACAUGGAGUACCAGGAGUACAAGUGGGCAUACUCGAUUAUGGACUCCUCCAAGGUGUCGGCGUGCCUUAUCUCAAUGCUGUUGAUAGUCUACGGUAGCUUCCGUUCACUGAACAUGGAGCGCGAGGCGCGGGAGCGAGCAGAACGCGAAAGAGAAGCGUCGUUGUUAGGAGGGAACAAGCUGCCGCCCACCGCGCCCAUUACUACUAAUAUCCAAACACUAAACACAAUGCAGGCGCUCUGCUUCCCCCUCGGUUCCUCGGUGGCUCUCCUAGUGAUGUUCUUCUUCUUCGAUUCCAUGCAGACCUUCGUCGCGAUCUGUACAGCAAUAAUAGCGUGCGCAGCGUUGGCAUUUCUACUGACACCGUUAUGUCAGUACGUGCUGGGCACGGCGGGGAUUGGCAACCGAGGCGUGGCCGUUUGUGGUCGAUAUUCCGCGCCAGAGUUGGCCGCGGCUUUGCUGGCUGCAGCCAUCGUGGCUGUAUGGGUGCUCACUGGCCAUUGGCUGCUUAUGGAUGCAAUGGGAAUGGGUUUAUGCGUGACGUUCAUCGCGCUCAUCCGCCUACCGUCAUUGAAGGUGUCCACACUGUUACUAACCGGACUGCUUCUCUAUGAUGUCUUCUGGGUCUUCUUUUCUUCAUACAUCUUCACUACUAAUGUCAUGGUCAAAGUGGCUACCAGGCCAGCUGAGAACCCCAUGAACGUAGUGGCGCGGCGGCUGGCCCUCGGCGGUAUCCGCGACGCACCUAAGCUCAGCCUGCCUGCCAAGCUAGUGUUUCCCUCGAUGCACCAUCAAGGACAUUUCUCAAUGCUCGGUCUUGGUGAUAUUGUGAUGCCGGGUCUAUUGCUGUGCUUCGUACUUCGUUACGACGCGUACAAGAAAGCCACUCUCGUGUGCCAAAUGGGACAGGUGCCCGGACCCCGAUCCAUGGGUUCCCGUCUGACGUACUUCCACUGCUCUCUGCUGGGCUACUUCCUGGGUCUGCUGACGGCGACAGUGUCGGCGGAGGUGUUCAAAGCAGCGCAGCCGGCGUUGCUCUACCUCGUACCUUUCACGCUGCUGCCUCUGCUCACUAUGGCCUACGUUAAGGGCGAUUUGAGAAGAAUGUGGAGCGAACCAUUCAUAGCCCCGCCGAACGGCAAGGGCGGCACCGACUUCGACGUGUGACUCAUCGCACUGUAGCCAUCUCAAGAAUGCACUGCAGCAAUGCGCUUGCACCCAUACCUCUUGUACUGUUAGUUAUUGCGUCAUCAACUCACUAACGGCUUGCAAUGGUAUCGCAUCGUUGACGUCACAAUAGCAAUCUCGGAUUGAAUACUUUCGGUACGUUUCCAGCCCCAUCGUAAGUUUAUAAUUUUAGCGCCAUCUAGCGACCGUUAUGGUUACUAUUGCGUUUGCGACUGUCAUCCUUCAAAAAAGGAAAUGCCCGCAGAUCAAUAAUCUACAGUCACCAUGAUGUCACUACAUGGGAAUCUGCGUAACAAACGGACAACGACGAUAUCGUGAUCGAUCCAUUGUAAAUACUGCACGAUUCCUAAAGAAAAGUUGCGCUAUCGUGAAAGUCAAGUAGGGUUAGUUGUCGAUUAAUAAUUUCGACUGCUGACUACGCAAAUGAAACUUAAUUUAAGUUCAGUGGAACUCUAUUUCGUUUAUCACUAUGAAAAGGACAUAAAGAUCAAUGCCCAUUUUGGACUCGCAAAUUUUUAUAUCGCGACCGCUUGAAUAUUUAUAUCCAUCUAAAUAUACGUGAUAAAAUAAAAUAAUUUUCAUUCAUAAAAUUUUCAAGGAGAAAAAAGAUAUGAAUUUUUAAUAAGAAUACGUAUAAACAUAAGGAAAACAUUGUAAAUAUUUCUUUUUGUACGUAACAAGACUUAAAUUUUCAAGCCUCGUUUACACAAAUGUUGCCAAAAUCAACUUCCCGUAGUUAAAAAUAUAUAAAUCCAGUAUAAUUAGAAACCACAUUGAAACAAAUGAAACUCUGUAUCUGCGAUUGAUGAUCGUCAAUUUUUUUAGCUGGUCCACGACUGUAUGAAACUUGGGCAUUGUUCUUUCGUUUUAAUUUAAUAACUUUUAUCAUACUAAUGUUAUAAAUAUUCAUAAUAUUGACAGCUCUGUACGGAAAAGUAAUCUUCUGAUCAUCCCUUACCGUUAACGAAUGA